AUGCAAGAGUUUUGUGCCAAGAGUUUUUGGUGCAACACUCCUAUUGGUUAUUCGUUUUCAAAUUCUUGUGGUUUAUCGGGUGGUCUAAUUACUCUAUGGAAAGAAGGUGAUAUGAAGGUUCUAUAUAGUUUCAAAGGAGCAAAUUUCUUAGGGAUAAAGGUGUUGUGGAAGAGCCAUUAUUAUUAUAUUGUGAAUGUCUAUCCGUCUUGCUUAUUGUCUAAAAAGAAGGAGCUAUGGGAGAAGUUGUUGGAGUUGAAGGAGGCCAAUAAGGAUGGUGAGUGGUUAAUUGGAGGUGACUUCAAUGCGAUUAAGCAUAGAAGGGAAAGGAAGGGGAGAGCUUUAUUACACAACAAUGUGGGCAUAAAUCUCUUUGCGGAUUUUAUAGCGAGAAGUGAAUUGGUGGAUGUUCCUUGCAAGGGGAAGAAUUUUUCUUGGUAUAGUGGGGAUGGAAAGUCAAUGAGUAGGAUAGAUCGGUUCCUCAUUUCGAAUACAAUUAUUAAUAGAUGGCAUAUCAUUUCUCAAAAGAUUGGAGAGAGAGACAUUUCGGAUCAUUGCCCGGUGUGGUUAGUUUUCGAUAAUAACGAUUGGGGCCCAAAACUUUUCAAGUUUACCAAUGAAUGGUUUUCGCUCAAAUCUUUUAUUCCUUUUGUGGAGAAGGAAUGGAAGGAGAUAAAGGUGGAAGGUAGAGGAGACUUUGUCUUAAAAGAAAAGCUUAGAAUAUUAAAAGAGAGACUAAGGUGGUGGAACAAAUAUGUGUUUGGCAAGAUUAAUUUGGAGGUGGAGGAGAAUGUGAAGGCGAUUAAUUUUGGGGACGAGUUUUUGGAAGUUGAAGGAGUGGAUAAUCUUCCCGCCAUCGUGUUAGAUAGGAAUGAGGCAAAUGGUAGAUUUUGGUUGUAUUUGAGAAUUAAAGAGAAUAUGCUUGCUCAAAAAUCAAAAGUUAAAUGGCUAAAGGAUGGGGAUUGUAAUAGUAGUUUCUUUCACAAGGCUAUGAGGGAGAAACGAAGACACAAUCACAUUGGACCGCUUUUGUCAUCGGGCUCUUUAUUUGAGACGGUGGAGGACGUGAAGGAAGAGGUGUGGCGCCAUUUUUCGGAUAAAUUUUGGGAAUCAGAGAGUAUUAGGAGGGCGUUGGAGGGAAUGUCUUUCAAGAGUAUUAGUACGGAGGAGCAAAUGGGGCUUGAGAGUCCCUUUCUAGAGUCGGAAAUUAAAGAUGCAAUUUGGGAUUGUGGGAUCUCCAAGAGUCCGGGUCCGGAUGGUUGCAUGUACAAAGCUAUUUCAAAGUUAUUGGCGGGAAGAUUAAAAAAAGUUUUGAACUCCAUUAUCUCUCCGUGUCAAACCGCGUUUGUGUCGGAGCGUCAAUUACUUGAUAUGGGUUUAGUGGCCAAUGAAGUUGUUGAUUUUGCACAUAAGGAGGGAAGGAAUUGUCUUUUAUUCAAAGUGGACUUUGAGAAGGCUUAUGGUAAUGUGAAUUGGAAUUUUCUAAAAGUUAUGUUGCAAAAGAUGGGCUUUGGGGUAGUUUGGAGGAGAUGGAUGGACUUAUUGAUCUUUCAAAGUAAGAUGUUGGUUUUGGUCAAUGGUAGUCCUACUAAGGAGUUUGUGGUGGAAAAAGGUUUGAGGCAAGGUGAUCCUUUAUCUCCUUUUCUUUUUGUCUUGGUAACGGAGGCUUUAACGGGAUUGGUUAGGAAGUCUAUGGAGUUAGGUGAGUAUUGUGGUCUUCCCGUUAAAGGGAGGUUGGAGGCUAGUUCCUUUACUUUUCUUGGGAUUCCCAUACGCGGAAACCCGAGGAAAUGUUCCUUUUGGGUCCCUCUCAUGAACAAAAUGAAGAAGCGUUUAUCCGGUUGGAAGAACCGAUUUCUUAAUCUUGGUGGUAGGAUCACUCUCUUGAAGUUGGUGCUUUGUUCUCUAUCUAUCUUCACCAUGUCCUUUUUCAAGAUGCCGUUGAAGGUGGUUAAAGAAUUCACUUCCAUUCAAGGGAACUUUUUGUGGGGUGGUAUGGAGGAAAAGAAGAAGAUUCAUUGGGUCUGCUACGAACGAUUGCGAAGCAAAAUCGUAACUAAACGGAAGCAAUUCCGUAGCAAAUUGCAGAGCCAAAACGAGGAAGAAGAAGCACAAUGCUGUUGA